UAUUUUUUAAUAUUUUUUUUUUUUUUUUUUUUAAUAGAAAGAAAAAUUUUACAAUGUAACUAUCAGAUAUUUUUUAUGAAUUUUCAAAUUUUUGAUAACAAGAGGUCGAAUGUUGACUAAAGUUUCAAGUGAAAUAUUUUGAAGGACUCUGUCGAUGGGGAAUCAUCGCAUCAACAGGUUGACCUGGACAAUUUAAGGACAGGAUAUAAAUUAUGAAAAUGGCUAAUCCAGGAGGCUUUCUCGCACAUUUUAUAAAACUUAUUACUACAAUAAUAUGUUUAAGAUAUGUUGAUGACAAAAAUUUUAUUAUAAUUACCCGAGCCUUCCAAAUAUUUAUUAUCCACUCAAUUUUAGGGAUGUUUAGAUUUGGUAGCACAGCAAGUCUAAUUGGCAAGAGAAGUUUCAGAGAAUUUUAUGAACGGAUAUCAAAUAUAGUUGAAAUAAUACCUUUUGCUUUUUUUUCAACCGAAAUGUCACGACUCAGUGGCGUUGAUCAAUUACUAAGACAGUCAUUACUUCUAGUACUUAUUUUAUUGCCGAUUGUCCAUGAGAUGGUGCCGAGAAAAGAGCGAUCGAAAAUGCGAGUGUUGAUAAAUCACUCGAUAAAUUUACAACUUAUUAUUAUUACAUUAGCUUGUGUCCAAAAAGGCUCUUUUGGCGUUAUAACAUUUGUCUUGUCUUAUAUAUUUAAUCGUUAUUACGCAGAAUCUUUUUGUGACUGGUAUGAUGUGCCAUAUGAAGACUUAAUUCAGUACAGUCUCUGCUUUGUUGAGAUUUUUUCACUGAUUACUUUAAAAGAAUUGUAAAAAUAAUUGUUAUGAUGACAAAAUAUCCGUGGUCAUAUUAUUUGGUAUGGAUAAAUAUGUGAUAAAAUGUAUGGAUCAAUUAUUUUUUUUUAUUGCUUUGAUGCAAUUUAAUAUAAUUAAUCAAUUUUCUAUUGAUUCUUCUGGGAGAAUAAAUUAGGAUUUGAUUAUUCUUAUAAAAUUGAUACCUAAUUUUUAAGGGGGGAAAGGGGUCUGAGAUACAAUAAAAAAGAGCAUAUUUUCGUGAUUUUUUUUUAGAGUACCUUCUUUAUUAAAAUUCUUAAAAUUUGUUACAUUAUUAAGCAUCAUUCCAAAAAUAUUCUGCUAAAUUUUCAUAAAAAAAUAUUGAAAAAUAAGCUAGUGGUAGUGGGGAGAGACGAGUCACCUCAAAAAAAGCCUCCAUGCCGUAGGCAGGAUAACUCAUGAUUGCUUUAUCUGAAAUCAAAAAAUCAAAAAGAUUUCUUUAGUACAUGAAUUUAUCUUGGAUUUGAACUAAGGAAUCAACAAAAUAUUCAUUUUUGAAUUUUUGGUAAAGGUGCAGUAAAAAAACUUUGAUUUUUGCCAAAAAUUGCUCCCUUUGUUUAAUUAAAAAAUUAGUAGUUAUUGAAAAAAAAUCCUUCGUUCAAAUCUAAGAUAAACUUAUGUACCAAAAAAAUAUUUUUGGUUUUUUGAUUUCAGAAGCAGUCAUGAGUGAUCCUGCUUACGGCAUGGAAACUUUUUUUAAGGUAACUCGUCUCUCCCCACUGGCACUGGCUUAUUUUUCAAUAUUUUUUUAUGAAAAUUUAGCAGAAUAUUCUUGGAAUGAUACUUGAUAAUGUCACGAAUUUUAAGAAUUUUACUAAAGAAGUUACUCUGAAAAAAAAAAAUCAUAAAAAUAUGCUCUUUUUUCUGCAUCUCAGAUCCCUUUCCCCCCUUAAAUAGAGGAAUUGCGGAUAUUGUGUGAUGGAAUCAAAUAAUCAACCAAAGCAACUCUAUCUUCCUCUUUUCUAUCUUUAAGUAUCUAUACUUCAUUUUUUGUAAACAUUGUACCUUUUUAAAUGUAAUUACUUCUUACAUUACUUAUUGAAUAUUUAUUAAAAAUACUAUAAUAUUUACAGUUACAA